CACAGGUGUGCUUGGGGAUCGUAAAAAAGUCCUCUGAUUAUAUUUGCUUGAUAUGCCAUAGUCGUGGCAGGAUAAAUCUCUUUGUAGUGUCGAAAGAAAAUGUUCCUUUUUCGUCCAAUCUACAAUCAAGUUUCAGGUCUAUAUUAUGACCCUUGGCGCAUUCCUGACGCAUGCACACUAUGGCAAUGGAAAGAAGAGACACAAAAAACGAUUCUUGAGGAGAAAGUUGCCAAAAUAAAACCUUUAAACGUCAAAGCUUGUGACAAACUCAAUUUGUUGAUAAUUGGACCAAAAGCGCAUGGAAAAUCGUCUCUUAUCAAUGCAAUUGCUUCUGUCAGCAUGCAAGAAAAAACAACAAUGAGCAACGCAGGGUCUGGUCAAUCAAGUUCUGACAAUGUGACAACAGUGUACAGACGAAUAAAAUUCCCCGGUCUUUUCGAUAGCUUUACGGUUGGUGAUGUUAAAGGUCUCACUAAAGAAGUCGGAGCUUCAUCUAACUUGCUUGAAGACUUGAAACUGCUAAUAAAAGGACACAUAAAGCCAGGCUACAAGUUCGACGCCACGAAGCCAAUUGCCACAGAUGAUAGUUUCUACAUUGAUAACCCCAAUACAGCUUAUAUGAUUCAUGGUGUUAUCAUAGUAUUUGAUAUCACUGAAACCUAUGAGAUACACGCGGCUCACUUAAAUGAUAUAAAAGAUCUUACAAAAAAACUACACGAAAUGAAUAUUCCAAUUUCCGUGAUGUUGACAAAGGCUGACAAAUUAUGUCGCAGAGUUGCUGAAAAUGUAGAGUACAUUUACCACAGUAAGAAAGUACUCACUGCUGUUAUAACCGUAGAAAAGGCGUUAAGCGUUCCGAAGAAAAAUAUACACCCUAUUGUCAAUUUCGAGGAUGAAAUUUCAUUUGGAUGGAAGUCUAGCUUGCCAUUACUUGUUGCACUUAGGGCGUGCCUUAGUAUGGCAAAAUGUCACCUCUAUAAUGAACAGCAGAAGAAAGGAAAUGCGGAAGCGGAAGCCAAAAGCAAGUAGUGAGACGUUAGUAACCGUGUUGUUGUAUUUUGGCUUUAUAACUUUGAAAGUAUAGACCACUUACAGAGUUCCAAAAGGUUAAUGACAAAAAUAAAAAGUCUGUAAAUAUAAGCAUCGUGAUUUGUGUAAUAUUUAGCUUCAGAUUGAAAUACAUUGCUUGUUUUAAGAAUUAUGCCGGAAAGUACUUCAGGCACUUCAUUUUCAACUUUGUACCAAUAUAAAGACUGACAACUGCAAUUCUUUAAUUUAGUUGAAAUUUUAAAAAAAAGUUAUACUUGAGAUAAAAUAAUUUUGUAAUGUUAACUCAUCAUUACAAAUGGUAUUUAACUUCUUUUUCAUAUUCUGCUGUAGCCUGUUUAUAAAACCGGGAAGAAACCAUGUAAUAUUGUGGUGUAUGUGCUAAACUUGAGCAUGUAUUGCUCCAGUGCAAGAUUUGUGUUGCAUAAUGCCAUGGUACACUAUAUUUGUUUCUAUUUAUAUUAUAGUGUAUUUUGUAUAUUUAGAUUUGGAAACGAAGAAAUAACUGUGCUUCAUAGACACAAAUUCUUGGAUAUCUUCUGAUUUACUACUAAAUGAUUUGUAGUACUGUGUACUAGAUUUUACAUCGUUUUAGCACAAAUUUUUAUGUUUUUCUGUGUACUCUCUCUUUCCUCAAGAUUAUUAUUAAUGGCAUUUGGAUGAAUUUCAAUGUUCAUUUAUAAGCUAUACCUAGUACUUAAUUGCCAAAGUAUUUGAAAACAUGUAACAACUGGUAUAAAUUAAUAAGGUUUCAUAAUUUAACGGUUAAGAUAACAAUUAUGUAGGGAUAGCGUAUUCGACUUUACUCAGUCUGUAGCACUAUUUAGUUAAUUAAAGAGAAUUCCUAUAGUUUUUUUCCUUUCAUAGAAUUUUUUUAAAUUCACAUAUAUGAUAGGAAAAUUUGUGCUGAAAACAAUGAACAAAUAAAAACAAUAGGUCACCAGGCUUGUUUUUGUGGAAAGUUGUUUUGAACACACCCACUGUUGCUGAAAUUGCCAGCGAUUUUUCAACAUUUUCAUAAUUUUCUGCUUUUUUAUAAACACCAACCAAAAUAUACAUCAAGACAGCACAAUACGUUUUUUUUCUUUUUACAGAUUUUAUUAUAUGCUUAUUUGAUAUCAUAGUCAUAUUUGUAAUACUCUGUCCUUACCAUAAUGGGUACAAAUGAAAAAAGAAUAUUGUUUCAUAUUUACUUUUGUGAACUUUUUUCUAUGAA